UGUCGUCAAAAGCAAAAAAGCAUCGCAACGGUUGAGAUCGCUUUGUCGGAUCGUCAUCUAUAAAAAGACAUAGCUAUUUGAACAACAACAACGAAAAUCCAGUCAGUCGCACAUUAUGUCAAUUUUCUCGAAAAUUUUGCUAUUACGAUGUGCUGCUGGUGGUGGAGGUGGAACUGGAGCCUAUCGCCAUUACAGUGUCCCGGCACAGAAUCAUUUACGUGAAUUAUUGAGCACUCAAUUGGCCAAUAUUAAGGAGGCAGGGACCUUUAAGGCUGAACGUAUUAUAACAUCAGCACAAAGCACCGAAAUUACUGUCCAAGGUAGUGAUAAAAAGAUACUCAACUUUUGUGCCAAUAACUAUUUGGGAUUGGCGAAUAAUGAGGAAAUUGUCGAGUAUAGUCAGAAUUUAUUGUCCAAAUAUGGAGCUGGCUUGAGUUCAGUUCGCUUUAUUUGUGGCACUCAGGAUAUACACAAGCAGUUGGAGAAAAAGAUAGCCCAAUUUCAUGGAAGAGAAGAUACCAUACUCUAUGCCUCGUGUUUUGAUGCCAAUGCUGGUCUCUUUGAGGCAAUUCUAACUCCCGAUGAUGCUGUCUUUUCGGAUGAACUGAAUCACGCCUCGAUUAUUGAUGGUAUACGUCUUUGCAAGGCCAAGAAGCAACGCUAUAAGCAUCGCAAUCUUGAUGAUUUGGAGCAAAAGCUGAAAAAUGACAGUGAUUCGAGAUUAAAAUUGAUUGCCACCGAUGGAGUAUUCUCCAUGGAUGGCAAUAUAGCUCCAUUGGCACGAAUUGUCGAAUUGGCCAAGAAAUACAAUGCCUUAGUAUUUGUCGAUGAAUGCCAUGCGACGGGUUUCUUUGGUGCCACCGGACGUGGCACUGAAGAGUAUGCCCAAGUUAUGGGCGAAGUUGAUAUUAUUAAUUCCACUCUUGGCAAGGCGCUUGGUGGCGCCUCUGGAGGCUAUACCACUGGGCCAACUGAGCUAAUUACAUUUUUGCGUCAAAAAUCGCGGCCCUAUCUAUUCUCGAACACAUUGCCCCCGGCCGUGGUUGCAGUUGGCCUAAAGGUAAUGGAUAUGCUGCUCAGCUCAAGCGAGCUAACCCAACGUGUCCAGAGUAAUACACAGCGUUUCCGUAGUGCCAUGACCAAGGCUGGUUUCACCAUAGCCGGUGAAAAUCAUCCCAUUUGUCCAGUAAUGCUAGGGGAUGCACGUCUCGCAUCUAAAUUUGCUGAUGAAAUGCUAACUCGCGGUAUUUAUGUUAUUGGCUUUAGUUAUCCGGUGGUUCCUGAAGGCAAGGCCCGCAUUCGUGUACAGAUUUCAGCUGCUCAUACUGAGACGGAUAUCGAUCGUGCCAUUGCUGCCUUUAUCGAAGUGGGACGCUCCUUGAAAGUCAUUCAAUAAUUGUGAAUGAGAUCCAAUUAAAAACUAUGUGCAUUUAUUAUGAUUAAAAUAAAGAGAAAACAUA